AUGUGUGGAAUAUACGCCGCCUACAGGCAGCCCAACAUCGACAAGUUCAAGGAUGUCGCUCUUAAAAACACCAAAAAAAUCAGACACAGAGGCCCCGACUGGUCUGGUAACGUUGUUUCUAACUCCACCAUCUUGUGCCACGAGAGAUUGGCCAUCGUCGGCUUGGACUCGGGCGCCCAACCCAUCACUUCUCCAGAUGGCCGUUACUCGUUGGCCGUCAACGGUGAAAUCUACAACCACAUCCAGUUGAGAGCACAGUUCCCCGACUACCCAUACAAGUCUCACUCCGACUGUGAGCCCAUCAUUCCCUUGGCCCAGAAGUACGACAUCGACACCCCCAAACACUUGGACGGUAUGUUCGCCUGGGUGUUGUACGACAAGCAGGAGGACAGAAUUUUGGCUGCCAGAGACCCUAUUGGUAUCACGACGUUGUACAUGGGUAAGUCUUCCAAGACCCCAGACACUCGCUAUUUCGCCUCCGAGUUGAAGUGUUUGGUUGACGAGUGUGACGAAAUCACCGCCUUCCCUCCCGGCCACAUCUACGACUCUAAGACUGACCAGCUCACCCGCUACUUCACUCCCUCGUGGUGGGACGCUUCCAAGGUGCCUGAGAAACAUGUCGACUACAAGCAGGUACGUGAGACCUUGGAAUUGGCUGUCAGAAAGAGACUUAUGGCUGAGGUUCCUUACGGUGUGUUGUUGUCUGGUGGUCUUGACUCAUCCUUGAUUGCCUCCAUUGCUGCUAGAGAGACCGAGAAGGCUACUGCUGCUCUUGGCCACGAUGGUAUCGAUGCUAACAAGGAGCUCACCGGUGUUGAUGCUAGCGGCUCCUUGCACUCUCUUGGGUUCACCCGUUUGCACUCUUUUGCCAUUGGUCUUCCCGGUGCUCCAGACUUGAUUGCCGCUGAGAAGGUCGCUCAUUUCAUUGGUACUAUCCACCACUCCCACACCUUCACUUUGGAGGAAGGCUUGGACGCCUUGAACGACGUCAUCUACCACUUGGAGACCUACGAUGUCACCACCAUCCGUGCGUCUACUCCUAUGUACUUGUUGUCGAGAAAGAUCAAGGCCCAGAGUGUGAAGAUGGUUCUCUCCGGUGAGGGUUCUGACGAGAUCUUUGGCGGCUACUUGUACUUUGCCAACGCUCCCUCUGCCAAGGAGUUCCACGAGGAGUGUGUCAAGCGUGUCAAGAAUUUGCACUACGCCGACUGUUUGAGAGCCAACAAAUCCACCAUGGCCUGGGGUCUUGAGGCCAGAGUGCCUUUCUUGGACAAGGAGUUCUUGAACGUGUGCAUGAACAUCAACCCACAGGACAAGUUGAUUGACCCCAAGAACGGUAGAAUCGAGAAGUAUAUCUUGAGAAAGGCCUUCGACACCUCUGACGAGCCAGAUGUCAAGCCAUACUUGCCAGAUGAGAUUUUGUGGAGACAGAAGGAGCAGUUUUCUGACGGUGUGGGAUACUCGUGGAUUGACGGCUUGAAGGAUGCUGCUGAGGCUGCUGUCACCGACGAGAUGCUUGCCAACCCUAAACCCGAGUGGGGAGACGAUGUGCCAACUACCAAGGAGGCUUACUGGUACCGCUGCAAGUUUGAUGAAGUGUUCCACGGCUCCAAGGCCGCUGGUUCCACUGUCAUGAGAUGGAUUCCAAAGGCUGAGUGGGGCUGCCACGCUGAUCCUUCGGGAAGAUAUGCUGCCACUCACGAGAACAAAGUUGAAGCUUAA